UUCGAAAAUUUAGGGUUUAUGGGUCGGGUGGGAUCCUCGGCGCUGUCGCUGUCGUGUUCUUGGCAAAGAUUUUAGGUCGAGGAGAGCGGAUGUCCCGGUGGAUCUAGGUCUGGAUGAUCCGCGGCUGAGGAGGCGCGGGGCGAGAAGCAAGGUAUGGCGGGAUCCAGGCUCCAGGGAUCACAAGUCUCCUCCAGCUCCUCCGCAUUCUCGACGCCGCGGAUUCUCAUCCUCCUCACGCUGAUGCCCCUGGGAUUGGCUGCCUUCGCGUUCGUACUGCAAUGGCGGGGCGAGGUCACGGAUCCGAUGCGCCUGGGCGUCGAUCGCUCCAGAUUUCCAGGGUUUCCAGGGAGCUCCCCGAUUGGGAGCACUAGUGGCGUCGACUGUGGUGGGCAGCAGCGAGGGCUCAGCGCUUUCAUCCAUCAUCCGGGGUGGAAGUACGCGAUCCCAGAGAAUGGAAAGCCAAAGAUUUGCGUGACAACCAGCACGGCCGGGGGUUUAGAACAGAUCCUUCCAUGGCUCUACUAUCACAGGGUGAUCGGUGUCACGAAUUUUCUCCUCUUCGUGGAGGGGAAGGCUGCGACUCAAAACGUUACCGCGGUCCUGGAGAGCAUCCCUGGCGUGAGGGUGGUGUAUAGAACCAAGGAGCUGGAAGAACAGCAGGCCAGGAGUAGGAUCUGGAACGAGACUUGGCUCUCGAGCUUUUUCUUCCGACCUUGCAACUACGAGCUCUUCGUCCGGCAGUCUCUCAACAUGGAGAUGGCGAUCGUCAUGGCCCGCGAGGCCGAGAUGGACUGGAUCAUCCAUCUCGACACGGACGAGCUCCUCUACCCGGCAGGAUCGCCCGAGUACUCCCUCCGGAAGCUCCUGGGCGACGUUGCUCCGGAGGUGGACAUGGUGAUCUUCCCGAACUACGAGAGCGCCAUCGAGCGAGACGACGUGGUGGAUCCUUUCAGCGAGGUGACCAUGUUCAAGAAGAACUACGAUCACGUCACCAAGGAGACGUACUUCGGGCUCUACCGAGAAGCGACGCGGGGGAAUCCAAACUACUUCCUCACGUAUGGAAACGGCAAGGCCGCGGCCAGGAUCCAAGACCAUCUUCGUCCAAACGGAGCUCACCGGUGGCACAACUAUCUCAAGGCGCCGAAGGAGCUCAAGUUCGAGGAGGCGGCUGUUCUUCACUACACGUACUCCAAGUUCUCGGACCUCACCUCCCGGCGCGAUCGAUGCGGGUGCAAGCCCACCAAGGACGACGUGAAGCGCUGCUUCAUGCUCGAGUUCGAUCGAGCAGCGUUCAUCAUCGCGUCCACGGCGACGCGGGAGGAGAUGCUGCGGUGGUACCGCGAGCACGUCGUGUGGACGGACCGGGAGCUCAAUCUCAAGCUCCUCCGGAAGGGACUGCUCACUCGGAUCUACGCUCCGCAGCUCAUCGUCCAGGGGCUGCGGCAGUCGGGGGUGCUCAACAACGCUCUAGCGGCGGGACAAGAACAGCUCGAGAGAUUGAAGACGAGGGAUAAGUUCCUCUCGGCGGUUUCCACCAGGAACUCUUCCUCCUCGGAGCUGGGAUCAAAAGACAGCAAAGAUGAUCAUCGCUUGGCCUCCUCGUCGAGGAGGCUCAUGGAUUUAUCGAGCUUGAGUUCUUCGGCGAUGGUGGUGGAGGAUGAUCCAUUCGCAGCAGUGCCACCAUUGCCACCUCCGGUACUUUAAGUUCGAUCGAUCGAUAAGUUUACUCACACUCGCAAACACUUACUUGUGCUUGUGAAUUUUACUAGAGAUGAACAAAGAAGAACACGCUGCUACUUUUUUUU